AUGACGUUCCGCCGAGCGCUGCUGCGUCCGCGCCAACGCACGAUGCUCGUCCGCACGUCUAUUGGUACUUCGAUUGACACAUUCCUUCCACGCGCAUGUGUCAACGCCCGACCUCUUGCAGCACUGACGUUAAACAGCGGCCGACUCGCUUCGCUCGAGCGGCUGACCGACGUGUCGAAGCGCUCGUGGCAAUUGCGCGCUGUUGUUCAGGACGUGGAGCGCUCACUGCCAGCGGAAAGAGGAAGUAGAUUUUACAACCGACGGUUGGCAGAAACUCUGGAGCAGAGCGACUACAAUCGCGCGUGGGGGAUCGUCGAGACGCUGCUCCGCCGAUAUCCAGACAAGCCCGUGCUCUGGCCGUACACGUACAACCUCAUGCUGCGUCACUACUGCAAGCAGCAAAAGACGCGGAUGGAUGAAAAUUUGACGCGCGUGUUGGCGCUGCUGGACGUGAUGGUGGACUACAGCUGCGCGAAUGAGACAAGCUUCCAAGUCGCCAUGGCUGCGUGCAGCCGUGCACGCCAUUUACGCAGUGCUCGAUAUGUGCUGAAGAGAAUGCAGGAGUUUGGAAUGGAACCUGAUGCCAAGAUGUAUGGCUAUUUGAUUACUUGCUGUGCAAGGAAGCGGGGGCUAGUCAAGACAGCAGAAACGUAUUUUGAGGAAAUGCUGAAUGCAGAAGUAAUGCCCACGGCUUUAGUCAUCAAUGCUUUGCUGCGGGUGUAUGCGCGCGAUUGUGGACGGUCGAAGUUCAUGAUGGAACUAGCGAAUCGUGCGCGUGACGAGUUUGGCCUAGCUCCCGAUACCGUCACUACUCGAACGAUGCUGUACUAUCUUUUGCGUGAAGGCGACAUUGAGGGUUCUGUGGGUUAUGUUCGAAAUGUUGAGCAGCUAAUUGUGCGCGACCGACCUGCAAGGCUGCCUGUCCAACGCCAAGUUGUGAAUGCACUGAUUGAUGCUUGUCGUCAGCGUGGCGAGUGGGACUACGCAGAUUACGCGCUCACGCUUGCGACGAGAACCGAUGAAACGGGGGCCCCGACUGCAAACACCGUCAGAGACGUGCAAAAUACAACAAAGCUGGCGACAUUGGUCGCAAACCGUGACGCAUCAUCAGUGGCUAUAGUCUGGGCUCAGUACGAACAGGAUUGGUCCCGUAUGACACGGCCGGAACAAAAAUCUUGUUUCAUGCAUCGGAGCCAAGACGAAAGUUUUGAGCGUGCACUGGAAAAUAUACGCUUGCGCACGAUUCCAUUGAUUGCGGAUCGGGCUAUUCAGAGACUUUCUCUCAAUCUGGAGAGUAAGCUAAGAAUACUUGAUGAACUGGUUCGUACUAGGACCGCAAGUGCAGCACACUUCCAUACUGUAUUAGGUGCCUGUGGUAGACAGGGACAGUUAUCCAGUGCAGUGUCUGUUUUUGCAAAGAUGAAAAUAUACGCCGAGAUCACGCCAGCGUGCACUCCGACGACCCGGAGCUACAAUGCGCUGUUAAAUGCAUAUGCAGUGCGCGGUGACGUUCACGGACUCAAAUCAAUGACGAACGAGAUGAUUGGGAAUGAUGUGCAAGCCGACCAAGUGACUAUGAACACGAUAUUGAAGGCGCACGUAAAGAGUUUGGAGAAUGGCGUUAGCGAAGGUCCACGGGCGCGUUUUGACACUUUGAUGCAAGCGCUUUCCUAUUUUGGGUGGUGCACUGAGGACCGAAAACUUGACCCGGACUCGGCAACGUAUUACUCGCUGUUCCGGUUGUUUGCAGCAUAUUUGGAAACAGCUAGCAAAGGGGACUAUGACCCUGCUGCUCGAAGCAAUAGCAAUGAGAUUUGCAAUGAAGAAGUCGUGGAAACGCAGGACGACGAGCUUGUGGCGUGGAUGGGAGAGUUCAUGUCCACCACAUGUCAUGAUGCGCCUCUCGAGUUGCUGGAUAUUGGCGUCUUCAACAACGCGUUCAACUAUUACCACCAGCUUGGCGACGUCGACAAAUCGUUCCGACUGUUCGAUGUGAUGAAGAAGCGCGGCAUUCAGCCAGACGAUACAACUCUCGGGUUACUGUUUGCUACAUGUGCGAGUCGGCAGCAGUUUGAGGUGGGCUUACACUUUUUAGACUACCUGAUGACCUCGGACGGGUAUAAGCCUACUCUGAAAGUACUUAGUGGCGCUAUGCAGCUCUGCGCAAAUUCAAAGAACCCGGAUGGAGCAUUGGAGCUCUUUCGAGCUAUUGAAAUGUCCGGCACAUUUUCGCCUACAAUGGAGACAUUCGAGCCAGUGGUGUUGGCAUAUGCUCGCGUUGGGAACGUGACUCGCGCCUGGGAGGUUGCGAACGAGAUGGAAGCGAAACUUGGGACAGUGUCGAUAAGUAUCUACAAUCGCAUUUUGUUGGCUUGUGUGGAGGCUGCCCUUCCUGGCCGCGCCCUGGAAGUGCUAGAUGUGAUCCGACUGAAAGAAGGAGUGUCACCCGACGUCGUAUCGUACAACACGGCGCUAGAGGCGUUUGUGAGAGCUGGAGAACGAGCUGCAUGGUGGAGGAAGAAUCAUCAACGCAAGUGGGAGGAGGAGGAUAUUUUCAGUGGCGAAGAUGCAGAGCACGACACCAACGCAGGUGGCAGCGAUGAUAUCAAUAAUGUUGAGAGCGGUAGCACAGAGGAAGAUCUUGUUGUCGAAGCUGGUCUAGACAGUGCACGUUUAAUUCAUGAAUGUACAGUGAGGGUAGCGUCAACUCAAGAUCAUGAGCUCGAACAGCAUGGAAAAGCUGCCUGGGUUCGUGCCAGCGUUAUAAACCUGCUUGACGAAAUGCGGCGAGCCCGAGUGAAGGCGGAUAUGACAACGUACGAGCGUGCGAUUGCCGCGUGCAGUGUAAACAAGGACUCUGAAGGCGUGAUCUCGAUAUUUGACACACUCAUUGAUCGCAAACGGGGUGAGAAUGCUGCUGGGAUAAAAAGUGACCUUGUGACAGAGUCCAGCUUUUCAGCCUACCUCGUCGAAUGCACCGCACUACGAGACAAAGACCGAGUAAUCGAAGCUCCGAUGCUUCUUCACAAGUGGCACGCCGCAACAGGCCAAGUGCCGCCAGUAUUUGUCGUGACGCAGAUGUUGGACUCGCUGGACGAUAUGGGCGAGUGGCGGCGAGCUGUUCGUAUGCUUCCCGAGUGGCAGGCGCUGUUCGGUACGGCUCCUAGCGUCUCUGUGUUCAAUCGUGUUAUGCAAAUGUGCAAUCAUGCAGAAGAGUACCAGCUUGUAGCUCCAAUAUUCGCUACGAUGCAAGACACCGCAGCUUACCGCGUUCGUCCCGACACCGAAAGUUACAUACAACGCAUUUAUGCCGAGGAACAGCGCGAGAAUUGGGUAGUAGCCACUGACCUAUUCGUAGAGAUGCAGAAGAGAUGCCCACGUGACGAGAUACCACAUCACCAGCUGCAGAAGAUCGCAUUGGGUCGAUACAGAUUGCGCCAACGCGAGACGUGA